UCUUCCAGAACAUGAGGACAGCUGCGCUUCCGCCAAGUCAGACUUUGCGACAAGUCGUCAGAAGAAAUCGCCGGAGCAGGAGAGAAAGCAGACCGAUGGCUAACGCCGUGUAGCUUUUGUACUGUAUCCGAAAACUAGUAUAAAUUUACUACCCAUUUAGUGGAGUUGUGCUAUGUCUUCAGGAAUGACGGGGCAAACACCGUGCCUAACCAGCCGUUGGGAUAAGCCAGCCCAGCCUAAACAGAGUGUAGACAUACAGCAGCAGAAGAGCAGUGAAAAUGCAGCCCACCCUAUCUCAUUGUCAGGAGUCGUUGCUGGACCGAACAGCACAGUUUCCCAGGCGCCAGAAACGGGAGGAAAAUCUCCUCAGGGAGGAGUUGAAAUGGCUGCAGCAAUGGCUGCUAAAAUAAAUGCUAUGUUGAUGGCAAAAGGAAAGCUGUUGACUCCUCCACCGUUACUUGCAAAGACUCCUCCAAGUGUACCUGUGCCAGCUGUUACAGAAGAGAUGGUGGUCACUGAAGUCGACAUAAAUGAUGUACCACUCAACUGCAGGGACCUUCUUACUAAAGGCAAAACACAGGAGGAGAUCCGACAGUUUAGUGGAGCCAUCGUUUCAACAAAAGGCCAUUACAUGACAGAAGCUGAAAAGGAAAUAGCAGGAGGACAAAGACCUUUGUAUUUGCACGUUCAGGGAAAGACCCAAGAACAAGUCAACAAGGCUGUAAUCAGGAUAAAGGAGAUCAUCUCUGAGGAUGUGAUGAGGACGUCAGCAGCCUCGGGGGGACAGCAGGUGCCUGUAAUUCCCCCGCUCACUCUCUACCCUCAGCCGCCUCGACCUGUCGUUCCUCCUACUGUGCCACGGAUGCCCAAUACCACUUCAGUGCCAGCCCAGGGUCAUCGACCAGCAGCUCCUCAUUUAGGGAGUUUUGUGCACACAAAGAUUUUUGUGGGUCUGGACCAAGCGUUGCCUUCAUUCAACGUGAAAGAAAAGGUUGAGGGUCCAGCAGGUUCGUACCUGAGUCACAUCCAGACAGAGACGGGAGCUCGAGUCUUCCUCAGAGGAAAAGGUUCUGGCUACAUAGAACAAGCAUCGAAACGAGAGUCCUUUGAACCUCUUUAUGUCUACAUCAGCCACCCAAAUGCAGCUGGAUUGGAAUCGGCAAAGAAACUCACAGAGAGUCUCCUGGAAACUGUGAGAGCUGAGCAUGCACGUAUGGUGUCGAUAUACACAGCCACAGGCUCGACACAGUCAUACGCAGUACAUGGAUUUCCACCUAAUAGCAAUUACUCUAGCCAGGGGUCCUGGUAUAACUACCCAGCAAAUGGGUAUGCUGGCGGCUAUUCAGCGUAUCCAGGAGCCACUGGUUAUUGGAGUAAGGCAAAUGGUCCCCCAAGUCAUUCUAACUUGUCGACAAACCCUCCAUCUUCUCAGGCAAUGGUUCAGUAUCCGGUGUGUCCUAGGAAACCGCAUCCCUAUCUUGUUCAGGAUCCAAGCAGCAGUGAGACAGUGGAGCCUGAAGGAUCUUUAAAUACCCCCCCUGACUCAGGAAGUCCCAAGCAUCAAUUCCAGGAGGGGGCUAAGGAUGAAAAGCCCUACACCAUCUCUCCUGAGGGUCCAGCUCAUGAGGAGUCCACCCUUCCUGCACCCAGUGUUGGCGAGGAGAAAGAAGUAGAAAGGUUUCUGAUGCCUCCCCCGCCACCUCCCUGCGUGGCUCCCGCCGCUGUUGCACGCAAAAGGCCGAGAGAUGCCGUGACGGAUGAUCCAGCGAGUCUGCCCAGCAGCACCGCUUCAUUGGGUGUUCAAGACGAGGUGUCCGAGAAGAAGCCUAAAGUGUUCAGUGAUACAUCAGGGUUAGUGCCCUACGGAGGGGAUUCCUCCGAUGAAGAGGAGGAGAGGAGCCGCAGCAGUAAGACAGAUAACUCAUAACCUCUGCCCCGUCCCAUCCCCACUGUCCAGGACAUUCAUAGACCACAUUCAGUAGAUCAGCAAGUUUCACAAACUCAAACCGCAUUCAAGGAAAAGUCCACCCUUGUAUCAUACACUGUUCUGGCAUGUUACACCACAUUUACUACAAAGCCUUUGCACAAAGCGGAGGAGAGUCCUUUUCAUUCUUCGGUUUUUCAGAACAGAUGCAUUUUUAAUUUCAGCUCUGUAAGGAUCUUGGAGACAGUUCUUUGAAAGUUUGUGUACCUCUUUUACUAUUGACACGCCUUUUAGAUCAGGUGGCCAAGCUUCAAAGCCCAUCGGUCUUUAUACAGCAGUCGUAACAUGCUUUAAAAAAAGGACACAUGUGGAAAUAGAGGGGUUUUGUUUUUUUUGGGGGGGGGGGGGGGUGGGUGGGUGGUAUUUUUAAAUAAAUUUUCCAGAAUGCCUUUUGAUUUUUGUUUUGUUUUGGGGUUUUUUUUAAAAUAUAACCCCUGACACCAGGCAUGUGAACCCGUUGGUUAAGAUGAGGAUGAGCGUAUUCAAACUUUUUGCUGCCUGUGUAGAAAAUGUAAAUAUAGAAGUCUAGAUGCGAACUAUUUCAGCGUUAGUGUGGAUUUAUGUUAAAAUGUCACACCUCUUUGGGCUACAUGUGUGGGUUUUUUAUUUUCAUUUUAUUUUUUUAUGAAAUAGUGAUCUGAUUGCAAAUUCAAACACAUCAUUAGUAGCCACUUUAUACAGUGUGUGGAAGUAUUCUGGGUGGACUUUCCUUCUACAUAUGUGAAUAUAGCUGUAUUAUAAUUAAAACAUUUUUUUCCCCCUUUAUUUCAUUUCUUUCUCCAAUGCAUUUUUUUUGGGGUGGAGGCGCAAAGAAAAAGCAGCUCCUUAUUUUCCCUUUGGACUUAAACACUCAAGUCUGCUGCAGUCACAGGUGGUUUAAAUAUUGUAUCUAGUGAAACCUUUUCUUAUCUUGGAAAAUGGUGUAUGCCUGUUCCCAUGGAAUACUAUAAUAAAAACAUUUGAAAGCA